AUGUCCGGAUCCGUCGAAAGAAGCACCCAGGAAGAGCUCUCAGAAAUGAUGACGACGAGACUGAGUCUAUCGGAGCCUCGACUCAACAAUCCCUUUGAGCCGAGUGGAACAAGUGACGAGGGAAUGAGCGAUGGAGCCAGCAGGAUGCCGAUGGAGAUAGAUGAUACCGAGCAGGCUGAAGCGAUCAGCGCCGACAGAUCGACGACGACGAAGACGGAAGCAGAGAUGAUGGAGAUUGUAGACCCGGCGAGUGGCCCGAUGGACCGACGCGGAGCAGGGAGUCCGGCGGGCAAGAAAGCGCCGCGGCGGAGCACCCGGGCAGGCUCGGUGCCGGCCCGGCCGCGCAGCCAACAUGGCCAUCCGUUCCGCCUGCAGAGAACGGUCCCCCAGUUGCUCAGGGGCUCCUGGAUCCAUCCAAGGCUCCAGCACUCCUUCGCCCCUCGCCCGCCCCUCAAUCCGCUCCCUACAAUUAUCGGCAUCGAUCAAAUGCAGCUUGAACCCGCCUCUUCUGCCCUCCUUCGCGGCUCAACCGCUUUGAGACGUAGCACUCGCCCCGCGCUUCGCCAUGACUCACAUAUAACUCGUGAUCGGGCUAAUCAAGCGCGUUGACACUCAUCCACCCCUCCCCCAC